GCGGCGCGCUGUCCCGCCCCGCACGCUGCUCGGCCUGGCGGCCGCGGGAGGCAGGAAGACGGGCGCGGGCCGGGCGCAGGGGAGCGCGCUGGUGGCCCUGGCCCCGCGGGAGCGCGGCCGCGGUGCGCCAAGCCGGGGACGACGGCGGGGCGGACGUCCGUCUUUUGGCCUGCGGUCCCCGGGGAUGUGAGGAGCGGUGGAUCGGCCGGUGGGGGCCCCCGAGCGACGCGGAGAGGCCGGCCGUGGACGCUCCGCCCACUUUGGCCGGGACCCAGCAUCCCAGAGCUAAAAAUACUGCCCAAGGCUCCCGAGCGCGAUCAGAUCGCGCUAAGUAGGACACAACGCAGAGGUGACAGAGCUCUUCGGCCGCAGGGCCCGCGAACCGCCGCGGUCCCGCCCAUGCGCGGCUCAACAGCCCGCGUCCUCCCUCCGCCCUGCAGCGUCGGCUGAGGGGGUGCAUUAGCUCCGUCUUAGGAGCAGAGCUUCCAGGCACAGGCAGGAGGAGCCCCAGGUGUGUCUGGGGGUCACUAUGAAGCUGAAGAAGCAGGUGACGGUGUGUGGAGCUGCCAUCUUCUGUGUAGCAGUCUUCUCGCUCUACCUCAUGCUGGACAGGGUGCAGCAUGACCCCACCAGACACCAGAAUGGUGGGAACUUUCCCCGGAGCCAGAUUUCUGUGCUGCAGAAUCGCAUCGAGCAGCUGGAGCAGCUGUUGGAGGAGAACCAUGAGAUCAUCAGCCACAUCAAAGACUCCGUGCUGGAGCUGACGGCCAACGCAGAGGGCCCUCCCGCCCUGCUGCCCUACCACACGGCCAAUGGCUCCUGGGCGGUGCUCCCGGAGCCCCGGCCCAGCUUCUUCUCCAUCUCCCCCCAGGACUGCCAGUUUGCUUUGGGGAGCCGGGGCCAGAAGCCAGAGUUGCAGAUGCUAACCGUGUCAGAGGAGUUGCCGUUUGACAACGUGGAGGGCGGUGUGUGGAGGCAGGGCUUCGACAUCGCCUACAGCCCCAGCGACUGGGACGCCGAAGACCUGCAGGUGUUCGUGGUACCUCACUCUCACAACGACCCAGGCUGGAUCAAGACCUUUGACAAGUAUUACACGGAGCAGACUCAGCACAUCCUCAACAGCAUGGUGUCCAAGCUGCAGGAGGACCCCCGGCGACGCUUCCUGUGGGCAGAGGUCUCCUUCUUCGCCAAGUGGUGGGAUAACAUCAAUGCCCAAAAGAGAGCAGCAGUCCGAAGGCUGGUGGGGAAUGGACAGCUGGAGAUUGCAACGGGAGGCUGGGUGAUGCCAGAUGAGGCCAACUCCCACUACUUUGCAUUGAUUGACCAACUCAUCGAGGGACACCAGUGGCUGGAGAGAAACCUUGGUGCAGCCCCGCGCUCUGGCUGGGCAGUGGACCCCUUCGGACACAGCUCCACCAUGCCUUACCUGCUGCGCCGCUCCAACCUGACCAGCAUGCUGAUUCAGAGGGUCCACUAUGUCAUCAAGAAGCACUUUGCUGCCACCCACAGCCUGGAGUUCAUGUGGCGGCAGGCCUGGGAUUCGGACGCCAGCACAGACAUCUUCUGCCACAUGAUGCCCUUCUACAGCUAUGAUGUCCCCCACACGUGCGGCCCAGAUCCCAAGAUCUGUUGCCAGUUUGAUUUCAAACGACUGCCCGGUGGACGCAUCAACUGCCCUUGGAAGGUGCCACCCCGGGCCAUUACAGAGGCCAAUGUGGCAGACAGGGCGGCCCUGCUGCUGGACCAGUACCGGAAGAAAUCCCGGCUGUUCCAAAGCAAUGUCCUUCUGGUACCCCUGGGAGACGACUUCCGGUAUGACAAGCCCCAGGAGUGGGACGCUCAAUUCCUCAACUACCAGCGGCUCUUUGACUUCCUCAACGGCAAGCCGCAGCUCCACGUGCAGGCCCAGUUUGGCACCCUCUCUGAGUAUUUUGAUGCUCUGUACAAGAGGACAGGGGUGGAGCCAGGGGCCCGGCCCCCGGGCUUCCCCGUGCUGAGCGGGGACUUCUUCUCCUAUGCCGACCGCGAGGACCAUUACUGGACAGGCUAUUACACGUCCCGGCCUUUCUACAAGAGCUUGGACCGAGUCCUGGAAGCCCACCUGCGGGGGGCAGAGAUCCUGUUCAGCCUGGCUGUGGCUCACGCCCGUCGCUCGGGACUGGCCGGGCAGUACCCACUGUCUGACUUCGCCCUCCUGACAGAAGCUCGGCGCACCCUAGGGCUCUUCCAGCACCAUGACGCCAUCACCGGCACUGCCAAGGAGGCAGUAGUGGUGGACUACGGGGUCAGGCUUCUACGCUCACUCGUCAGCCUGAAGCAGGUCACAAUCAAUGCAGCUCACUACCUGGUGCUGGGAGACAAGGAGACCUACCACUUUGACCCUGAGGCACCCUUCCUUCAAAUGGAUGACACCCGCUUAAGUCACGAUGCCCUGCCUGAGCGCACAGUGAUCCAGCUGGAUUCCUCACCCAGGUUUGUGGUGCUCUUCAACCCACUGGAACAGGAGCGGCUCAGUGUGGUGUCCCUGUUGGUCAACUCACCACGGGUGCAAGUCCUUUCAGAAGAGGGUCAGCCCCUGGCCGUGCAGAUCAGUGUGCACUGGCGCUCUGCCACUGACGUGGUGCCUGACGUCUACCAGGUGUCUGUGCCCAUCCGCCUGCCAGCCCUGGGCCUGAGCGUGCUGCAGCUGCAGCUGGGCCUGGACGGGCACCACACGCUGCCCUCCUCUGUGCGUGUCUACCUGCACGGCCUGAAGCUGUCUGUCAGCAGGCACGAGGCGUUCCCCCUCCGCAUCAUUGACUCGAGCUCCAGCGACUUUGCCAUCAGCAACCGCUACGUGCAGGCCUGGUUCUCGGGCCUUACUGGGCAACUCAGGAGCAUCCGAAGGGUGGAUGAGGAGGAGGAGCAGCGGAUGGACAUGAAGUUCCUUGUCUAUGGUACCCGUUCAUCCAAAGACAAGAGUGGAGCCUACCUCUUCCUGCCUGAUGGCGAGGCUAAGCCCUACACCUCCAAGAAGCCCCCUGUGCUGCGGGUCACUGAAGGCCCUUUCUUCUCAGAGGUGAUUACGUCCUAUGAGCACAUCUGUCAGGUGGUCCGACUGUACAACCUGCCAGGGGUGGAGGGGCUGUCUCUGGACGUGUCGUUCCUGGUGGACAUCCGGGACUAUGUCAAUAAGGAGCUGGCCCUGCGUAUCCACACAGACAUCGACAGCCAAGGCACUUUCUUCACAGACCUCAACGGCUUCCAGGUGCAGCCACGGCGAUACCUCAGGAAGCUGCCACUGCAGGCCAAUUUCUACCCGAUGCCCGUGAUGGCCUACAUCCAGGACACACAGACGCGCCUCACGUUGCACUCUGCCCAGGCCCUGGGUGUCUCCAGCCUCGGUGAUGGCCAGCUGGAAGUGAUCUUGGACCGCCGGCUGAUGCAGGAUGACAACCGGGGCCUGGGCCAAGGACUCAAGGACAACAAGAUGACCUGCAACCACUUCCGCCUCCUGCUGGAACGGCGAACCAUGGGCAGUGAGCCUGGCUUUUUCUCCAAACUGAGAGCCAUGUUUAGGGGCUUCUUUCCCAGAAGCAGGAGCUGGAACGGAGAGGCCCCAGGUGACCGCUCUACCAGCUACCCGUCGCUCCUCAGCCACCUGACCUCCAUGUACCUGAACACGCCGCCACUGGCCCUGCCUGUAGCCAAGACGCGGCUCCCAGGCCCCGAUCUGCGCUCCUUUCACCCUUUGGCUUCCGCUCUGCCCUGUGACUUCCACCUGCUCAACCUGCGGACGCUUCCGGCCGAGGAGGACCUGUCACCCUCAGCAGACACGGCGCUCAUCUUACACCGCAAGGGUUUUGACUGCGGCCUCCAGGCCAAGAACUUGGGCUUCAACUGCACCACGAGCCAAGGCAAGGUAGCCCUGGGAAGCCUUUUCCAUGGCCUGGAUAUACUGUUUCUGCAGCCGACCUCUUUGACGCUCCUGUACCCCCUGGCAUCCCCCGCCAACAGCACUGACAUCUAUUUGGAGCCCAUGGAGAUUGCUACCUUCCGCCUCCGCCUGGGUUAGGGCCUCACGUGGCCUGAAAAGAAAGUUCAUCCACGAGUCUGCCUUUCUCUCACCUCUAAGAUUGGGUUGGACAAGCCACACUGGGUAUCCCGUCCUGAUCCGCCGUUCAGACUGUGACAGACUGGGCUCUGCCCUCAUUUUCUGUUUAUUGUUGCUUCUUUGUUUGGGGCAAGCCACUCGCCCAGUGGUGGGCUGGUAGGGCAGAUGCUGGUAAGAAGAGAGAGAGGAGGUCCUGGGUCACAGUGGCCAGUGCCAAACCCUGCUCUGGGUUGUGAGCAGCCGCCCAGCUGGGCACGGCUCAGACACUUAUCCUUUCCCCAGAAUGGGAUAUAGGAGGAGUGGGGCAGACAGAAGAAGUCAGGAAGGCCAGGUGAGUAAGGCCCCAGUGCCAGGUAACUGAGGGUAAGAGCUGGCUCUAGGGGAGCCCUGUGGCGAUGUGAAGUCCACGUGUCCUGGUGUGAGGAGCGGGAUCCGUGAUUCUGUGGGAGAAAGGUUGUGGGGUUGAACAGUAGAAGGAACCCCAGUUUCUCCUGUGCUGGCUCCAUUCUUAGGUACCACUGGGCCUGCAUGCCUGGCAGAAAGGAAUUGCUAGACACCGUUGUGGCCAGAGGUCAUAAGACGCUUCAGGCACCAAAACCCCCAUUUCAAACCAGGCACUUGGUCUGCAUAUUGAUUUGCAGGGUGGUGGCAAAGGUGUGAGGGGCUCCAUCCUACCUGACCCCUCUUUGUCCCUUUAUCCUAUGCACCAUUGUUCCCAUGAGCUCCCUGCUGUCAUGGGGGGAUUGGUCCUGGCAGACUUCCUUUCCCUGGAAAGAAAGCAUGGGGCACUUGAAAAGGCUUUGGCUGUGUCUCCAGUCAGGCCUCAGAGCCUUCUCAUGACAUCUACACGCUGACUCGGUUCCUGGCAUGCUGCACGACGGAGGUGUAGACUAAACUAGGGGGCACUAGGGCAAACAAGAGCUUUCAUUUCAGCUUUGAUUCAUAGAGAAAAAAUUAUAAUACACUAUAGAUGCUGAAAAGGUAAAACUUGGUAACUUUUAAAACCCAUCCGUUAUUAAACACUCUUAGUAAGUUAAGAGUACACAGAAACCUCCUAAUCCAGUGGUCUCCAUCAGAAACAGACAGUUAAGGCUGGGUGGUAGAGCACCUAUCUAACAAGCACGAGGCCCUGAGUUCAAAUCACAAUACCACCAAAAAAAAAAAAAAAAGUCAAA